AUGUCGACAGUUACUGUAACAGAGGGCGCUCAGCCCGAAGCCAAAGACAUUGCAUCUCGCCUGUUGAAUGGUACACUUCACGCUCAGUGGCCCGACAUCGAGGAAUUCCACACCAUCGACGGCCUAUUGAAAUCCCAUGCAGCUCAACCGGAUGAUGCGAAGCGACCGCUGAUAUGCUAUCCAAUCCGGGGGGCUGCCGACUUUGAAGAACACACAGCCGGGGACAUUGAUCGCUAUACUGAUGUCGCUGUUCGCUAUUACAUGGAGCAGGGGCUUCCACCUGCGGACCCGAAUCUCGAAAAGGCACCAGUCGUGGCCAUGCUAGCUGGAUCCAGUUUCGAGGUAAUAGUGACACAAUUCGCACUUAACCGCCUUGGCUACGCUGUGCUAUUCUUAUCCACAAGACUCACAGCCCCAGCUUAUGCGCGGCUACUGGAUAUGGCAGACUGCAGCCAAAUAAUCAUCAAAAAGCAGUACCAGCAGGUCACUAAUGAAAUUUGCGUGGAUCGUCCCGCUUGCAGCAGCUUCUCUUUGCUACAGCGUGAGGACUGGUUCAAUCGUCCUGCCAGUUCACCUCGCUUCAAGCGAGCGGGCGUGGAUCUGUCACGAGAAGGCAAGAAGAUUGCCUGGAUCUUACAUUCAUCUGGAAGCACAGGCUUCCCCAAGCCCAUCUUCCUGACCAACCUUCAAAACCUGGCCAAUUUCCGCAAGAGCUUCGGGCUCCGUCUUUUCACUAUCAGCCCGCUGUUCCACUCGCAUGCCCUGAUGGAGUUUGGACGGGCAUUCUACACUCGCGCAACGGCAUACCUUGGCAAUCACUCUCUUCCAGUUACAUAUCAAAACCUGUUCGAUGCAUUACAGGUAGCCAAGCCACAGCAGAUCAGUGCUGUGCCAUAUGUCAUCAAGCUGCUAGCAGAGAAGCAAGAAGGUAUCCAAGCACUGGCUCGCCCACAGCUAGUGUUGUAUGGCGGAUCUAGCUGUCCAGACGACCUCGGCGACCGACUCGUUGCUCAGGGUGUGAACUUGGUUGCCAACUAUGGAGCGACAGAAACCGGACAGAUCAUGACUUCUUUCCGCCCUCCGGGAGACACUGAAUGGCAGUAUAUGCGGCUGCACCGUCCGGUUGCUGAUUACACUUUAAUGGACGAGAUUUCGCCUGGGGUUUUUGAGUGUGUUGCGUUGGAUGGGCUGCCGAGCAAGGGACCUUCGAACUCGAAGCCCCCUUAUAAUGCAAAGAACCCCGAGAACAGCUUUAGAACAGCCGACUUAUUCACAAGGCACCCGGACCCAGAGAAAAGCAACCGUUACAAAUACCUCAGUCGACUGGACGAUCGAAUCACAUUAGUCAAUGGUGAGAAGGUUCUCCCUAUUCCCAUCGAAGGCCGCGUUAGAGAAGAACCGAUCGUGAGUGAAUGUGUUGUGUUUGGCUUCCAGCGAACUGUACCUGGUGCUCUGAUCUUCCGCGCCGCUGGCAAAGCAACACACUUGAGCGAUAACGAAUUCUUGGAGGCCAUCUGGCCUGCUGUCGAGGCGGCAAACGCUCGUGCCGAGACAUUCUCUCGGAUUCCCAAAGACUUGAUUCUGAUCAAGGGCGCUGAUGUGCCGUACGCCAAGACCGACAAAGGAACUUGCAUCCGGGCUCAAGUCUAUCAGCAGUUUGAGGAGGAUAUCAAGCAGGUGUAUGCCAAAUUUGAAGGGAGUGGCCAAAAGAGAGGCACACUUGCCCUCGACAUACCAGACUUGGAGAACUGGCUGCUGUCAAAAUUCCGUGAAGACUUGGGUGUCCCGCUGUCUAGCUCCGAGGCUGACAUUUUCUCGGCUGGCGUUGAUAGCUUGCAGACAACACAGAUCUGGCGGUAUAUCAUGCGCGACCUCGAUAUUGGCGAGGUUGGAGAGCUGUCCCAAAACAUUGUUUUUGAGAAAGGAACUGUCAGCACCCUUGCAAAACAUCUUUAUCAGAUGCGUACUGGGCAAGAAUUUGAGAAAGAAGACGAGCUGCAUGUUAUGCGCGAGCUGAUCGAGAAAUACUCCCACUUCACUCAACAUUUCCCGACUACUACUCGACAGCCGGAGACAGAGGUGGUGAUGGUCACCGGCGCAACAGGCAACCUGGGAGCCUUCAUUGUCGCAGAAUUACUGAAAAGAUCAACUGUCUCCGAAGUAUGGGCAAUUGUGCGCGCGCCAGGUCAAGCAGCAGCAGGAGCCCGUCUGUACAAGUCCCUUGCGGAUCGCAAUAUCAUGCUCACAGAUGCCGAGGCAGCCAAGCUCCACGCAGUGCCCAGUGACUUAUCCCAGCCUAACAUCGGUCUAGACGACCACGUUCUUCAACACCUACUGUCAUCCUUGACAUGCGUAAUCCACAGUGCCUGGGCAGUGAAUUUCAACCUCGGCGUGCGCUCCUUCGAGCAGCAGCAUAUUCGCGGAACAUGGAAUCUGAUCAAUCUCUGUUUACGCUCUCACCUGCCCACGCCAGCACGGUUCUUCUUCUGCUCGAGUGUCAGUGCCGGAAGCAACACCCCCAAGCCGGCAUCUAUCCCGGAGGCCAUGAUUGAGAACCUGGAGCAUGCGCAGCGUAUCGGUUACGGGAGAUCGAAGCUGGUCACGGAACAUAUCACCCGCAAUGCCAUGCGCCACACUGGUAUGCAGUCCCGGGUACUGAGAAUCGGCCAGCUUGGCGGUGAUACUGCCAGCGCACAAUGGAACGAGACGGAGGCUAUAGCACUCGUGUUUCGUAGUGCAUUGACAACAGGCACGUUGCCCAAACUGGAUGAGCGGCCGAGCUGGCUGCCCGUUGACCAAUGCGGGCAGGCAAUUACCGACAUUGCGAUGAAUGUUGAUUCUGCAUCAACGGAUGUUGACCUGGUGUAUCAUCUGGUCAAUCCACAAACAUUCAGCUGGACGGAUGAUUUGCUACCUGCGUUGAAGAAGGGCUGCGCCUUGCCGGACUUUGAAAUUGUGCCACCGCAGGAAUGGCUUCAAAGAUUGGCAAGUAGCGAGCAGGAUCCGGAGAAGAACCCGAGUAUCAAGCUCAUUGAUUUCUGGCAAUCCAAGUAUGCGGCUUCUAGCCAGAGCCAGAAUCAGGCGGACGGGAAGAGAGGUGCUGGGUUGACUUUUGAGUCUGGGCGCACGAUCCAGGAUUGUCCUUCUCUCGCGCUGGUUAAGGAUUCAGUUACUGCGGGAUUGGUACAGAGAUAUGUUGAGGCUUGGAUGAAGCGGUGGACUGGUCAAUAG